AUUAAAUCCAACGUUUGUAGCGCAGCGGAGUCCAGGUUUCCUCGGAAUCUCUUGGCGUGGUUACUGACUCCGCAGAAAUCAGCGCCCUUGCUGCCCGAGAAUGGGAGACAUAGCCGAGCGUCAGAUAACGGCCGACACUCCGGGAAGCCCGGCCGUCCUCAACCCUUUCGAGAGCCCCACUGACUACCAUCACUUACACGAACCUCUCGUACGCAGUCCGUCUGUGUUCAAGUGCUCGAAGGCUUCUUCAGCUACACCUGCAAAAUUCAAGUGGUCAAUCGACGAAAUGUCAAACCUCCUGCCAGUGCACAUAGACCCCGAAGAUAUUCAUCGCCAGGCUUUGUAUCUGAGUCAGUCCAGAAUGGACUCUGAAGUUGAGGAAAAACGUCAAAUUGCUAUUGAACAGUUUUUCACUAAAGGUGCAAUAGUUCCUUCACCGUGGGGACCACCAGAAAGUAAACAAUCUGUACAGCUUCACCACAAGAAGAGUUCCUUGACCCCGCUUGUAAUGGAGGAACCCAAGAAAAUCAAUGCAACGUGUCAGACAGUCCUGUCUUUACCUGUGGACUUCGAUCUUGAAAAAGUAUUAGGUACACACUACCGGUCCGAGGAGGUCUCUGAGCAGGUGCAGGAGAGCCUCAGCUCCUCCUCCCUGAGACGGAAGCUCUUCCUGGAUGGGCGCAGCAGUGGCUCAGAGUCCUCCGCUCCUCCCAGCCCAGACAGGGAAUCCCCAGCCGGCAAAGCCACGAUGUCGUCGCUGGCCAUCGUCUCGCCACUGAAGUGUGGAAUCGCCGCCAUCACGCCUUCAUCUGGCCAGUUCUCGUCCAGUCCUAUCCAGGACCAGUGUCGCGCUUACAGCCUAGGAAGUGUGGCCAGCCCCAUGUUUCCGGAAAGGUCUUCUCCAGUGUUUAAAUCUCCCACAGUGUCCCCCAUCCUUCAGCCUCCUCUCACACCUCUGUCAGGCGAGAGGAAGAGGCUGUCCUUCCUGUCUCCUGACUGUCUGCCUUCAGGGAACCGCAGCAUGGCUGUUAACCGCUGUGGCGAGAGCCCGUACGUGGAGGGCUGCUCUCCGAUCCAUAGCUGCUCCCCCCUCCACCGCCGCCCGCGGACCGGAGCUUGCACCUGGGCUUCACCCGCUCACAUCUCCCCCAUCCUGCACCCAGAUGACCAGGACAAGGAGAAGGUCCACUCAGGGGAGCCCUUACCCAGCAUGGACCUGGACACCUGCUCGCCAGCACCUCACACUCCUCACCAGGGCCUCCGCCCGGGGCACAGAGAUGGCUGCAACUCCCUGUCUGACCUGGAGCGGAUGGAGCAGGGCGAGACGGUGGAGGGCAACGUGGAGGUCCGCAUGGGCAAAGGGCGACGCGAGGCUGCUGAGGAGGUGGAGGAAAUGGCAGAGUUCCUUCCCGAGGACGACCCGGCGUCCCCGGCACGGCUCGCUGGCUCCCGCGCUGGCGGUGCAUCACGGGCGGAGAGCACACGCAUGUUUGUGUCCCUGCUGACGGAAGGGAGCCUCACGCCAUAUGACGUCAGCAUGCAGGUGGACAGCGGCUAUAACACGAACUCCACGUGCGCUACCAGCCUAAUGGAUGGCAUCAGCUCAGAAAGCAAAGAGCUGCAGGAGCCACACACGGCCGCAGAGGAGGGACUCGGUUACACUAAACACACUAAGUCAAAGCUCGUAACACCCCUCCACUGAACGGCAAGCUCGAACCAGUGAAUAAAACAACUUUUAGCUUUCAUGCGGCAGUGCCACUCCCCGCAACAACACGAGGGACGGAUCACUUCUCUCCUCGCACAGAUCUCAGGAGCACGGGAGUGUUUUAACGGUGUUUUCAUGCAGUCAUAGACAGUGAAUAUUGAAACGUUGACGUUGGUGUUCAGGUGUCCUGAAUAUUUAACGUCAGAAAUAUUAUUGUGCGCUUUUGCCUCAAAGAUGUGACAUUAAAUGGGAAAGUGAGAAAACAUGACUUAGACAUGAUGACUAUUUCAGCUUUUUAUAAUCUCAAUGAUUAGAAAUCUGAUUAUGUACUGGCAUUAAUUUUUGAUUUGACUUUUUUUCCCCUUCCUUUUUUGCAGUUUUUGUACAUGAAUUUGUUCAUAUAGCUAUUUAUGAAAUUGUAAUCACAACCACUAAAGUGCAUAUCUGAGUAAUUUGCUUGUUGAACAUCGCUCUGUGCACUAUGGAACGCAAUUCCAUUC